GGCGCUUCCCGGAAGUGGUCGCUAACCAUCAUGGCUGCCUUGACUUCCACUAGCGGACCCUCCCCCAUCUGGCGGCUCCUUUCAGCGGUGCAUCUGUCGGCGAUACAACCCAGACAGACCCUGCGGAUGAGGACAAUGAUUGCAUCUUAAAAUAUUCAAAGAAGCCGGAUUAAAUUCGUCUCGUGCAUGAGGAGCGUUACUCUGCUGCAGACCCACACAGCCUGAAGCCAUCCUGCCAAAUCUGGGACCAUGUCUGGAGCUUACGACGAGUCCGCCAGCCAGGAGGAGACCACAGACAGCUUCUGGGAGGUUGGGAACUACAAACGUACGGUGAAGAGGAUUGAUGAUGGUCACCGGCUCUGCAAUGACCUCAUGAACUGCAUCCAGGAGCGUGCCAAAAUCGAGAAGGCCUACGCCCAGCAGCUGACCGAGUGGUCCAAGAGAUGGAGGCAACUCGUGGACAAAGGGCCUCAGUACGGCACAGUGGAGCGAGCAUGGACGGCUACAAUGACGGAGGCGGAGAAGGUGAGUGAGCUUCACCAAGAAGUGAAAAACCACCUGAUCAACGAAGACUUUGAGAAGGUGAAGAACUGGCAAAAAGACUCGUACCACAAACAGAUGAUGGGAGGAUUCAAGGAAACCAAAGAGGCAGAGGAAGGCUUCAAGAAGGCGCAGAAACCCUGGGCCAAGAAGCUGAAAGAGCUGGAGACUGCCAAGAAGUCCUUCCACAUGGCCUGUAAAGAGGAGAAGCUGGCGUCCACCAGAGAGGCCAACAGUAAGGGAGAAGCCUCUGUGACGGCCGACCAGCAGAAGAAACUCCAAGAGAAGGUGGAGAGGUGCAAACAGGACUCCCAGAAGGCAAAGGAGAAGUAUGAGAAGGCUCUGGACGAGCUGAAUAAGUGCUCUCCUCAGUACAUGGAAAGCAUGGAGCAGGUGUUCGAUCAGUGCCAGCAGUUUGAAGAGAAGAGGCUUAGCUUCCUCAGAGAGGUGCUGCUGGACGUCAAACGUCAUCUUAACCUCGCGGAAGACCAAAGUUAUGCUACAGUGUACAGAGAACUUGAACGCACCAUCACAUCAGCCAGCGCGGAGGAAGAUCUGAAGUGGUUCAGCAACACUAACGGUCCCGGCAUGCAUAUGAACUGGCCGCAAUUUGAGGAAUACAACCCCGACCUAACUCAUAAGAUCUCCAACAAAGAGAAGUCAAAGAAGAGCAGCGAUGGAGUCAUGCUGACUCACGUCACAACAGCAGUCGACCACGCUCAAACCUCAGACCGAGGAAGUGUCAGCAGCUACGAGAAGAACCAGGCAUUCACGGGCUCCACCGAGUGGUCGGACGAGGACCAGACGGCCCUGAACUCGGGCAACGACACCAACGGAGGGUCGAACCCUUUUGAUGAAGAAGAGGGGAAAGGCGUGAGAGUGAGAGCACUGUACGACUACGACGGCCAGGAGCAGGACGAGCUCAGCUUCAGAGCAGGAGAUGAACUGCUGAAGCUGGAGGAUGAGGACGAACAAGGCUGGUGUAAAGGACGCCUAGAGAACGGCAAGCUGGGUCUGUACCCGGCCAAUUACGUAGAGCCGAUUUAAGUGGACUAGCUGAGAAACGCUUUCCUCUUUAGAGGGGAAAACCCUCCGUUCAUAACACUGCACAUUGCCAGAGACUUGAAAGCAAAGCUUCCUCUUCCUGUUUGGGCACAGUGAGCACUCUUCAUCAUCUCAGCACUCAUCACAGAGACACAAGACUGAAACAGGAUCAUCUCCAAACAUGGAAACUAAAUAUUUAAGACGGUCUGUGUGUAGCUGUGUUUGAGUUCAGAUGUGACGCUAACAUGCCAUUCAGUGUGUUCUCUCAUCUUUAUAUUGAUAUGGUAUCAUCAGUUGUGCCUGGAUAGCCUGACUGAGCUAUGCAUUGUGCAUUUCAUGUAUAUAUUUGAAUCUUUUUUACAGUCUGGAUGCUUGUACAGUUGUUUUCUCAUUGGAUAGUGUUUUCUUUUCUUUGUGGAAUAUUUACAUGUUUAGCAUCGCAGGAAUAGUCUGACAUGUUGGGCAAAUGUGCUUUGCUUCAAACUGCAUCAAGGUUUUAUUGAAGAGCAAGAUGAGAGGAUGAGAAGCUACAGCCUGAACCUGGUUAGCUAAGAUUAGCACAGAACAGUAAUAAGGGUAUUAGAUAGUUAAAGAUAAGUGAAGAUGAAACAUAAAGUGAAAGCUGGGGAAAGGUACUGGUACAUGUCAGCAUUUUAAUAUAGACACAAAGCCAGCUAUUGCAACUUUCCCACUUAAUAUCUUCACACAGUUCAUGCAGGAAAUAGAGUCUUCAAAAACAAAAAUAACAUAGCCUCUUCCCCUGCCUUCUCUUUAUGCUAAGCUAAGCUAACCUACAACUGGACGGCUGUUUCAUAUUCAAUGUGAAAUCAGUUUAAGUUUGGUAUUGCUCUACUCGUCUUACUCUCUGCAAGAUGGUGAGAAAGCAUAUUUUCAGUUAUGUUGAACUACACCUUUAAUGCUGUCAGUUUUCCUACUUCACUUCGCAGCAUGUCACAAUAAUCCAGUCUCAAGGCAGCUCAUUAGAAUAGUAACAGAAUAUAAAAUCCAGAGGUUUGUUUACGUGGAGAGUAACUUCCUUUUCUUGUGUGUUGGUUAACAUUAAGGAUGUUCCGAAACGAGAAGUGUCCUCGUUAUUCAAACGUAAAUUUCAAUUCCGGCUAACCCAGAAGUUUAAAGAUAAAAAAAAAACACUCUGAAAACAUUUAAAAUUGUGUGUUAAUGAGUGUUACAAUGUGGUUUAAGUUAGAAGAGCUAGCACCACCACCUUCAGUUAUCUUUCCAUAUUAUUGUCCACAUGUCUGUUCUGGUUACACAUUGUUCCAGUCGUGAUACGCAAGUUUAACCAAACACAGCCUACAUACAUCUCUAUCCCCAUUCUCUAGAUCAAAAUACUGACAAACCACGCCACACUACAAGAUCUAUUCUGACAUCUGUGCUUGUUUACAUACAGGUAAUUAAGUAUUAGAGCAUUAUGAUGCUUGAGUUACAGACAAGGCUAGUGGCGGGUGGCUGCGCUAUGGCUUUAAGAUAAUACAGGACUGGCAUUUCAGGCCUAGAAUAAUCAAAGUAUUAAUAGCUUGUGGAGCUGGCUAGUAAUUCUGGUACUGACUAAUGAGGGUGAUGACGUCUUAUUAUUAUUCGACUAAACGCUCAUCCCUUGUCAGCAUAGAUUUCAAUCUGUGCUCACCGGAUUGGAGGACUGCAAGAAAUAUAAGAAACAUUACUCAGUCAGGUGACGAAGUAUGAAAAGGGACAAAGUCCAAUGGGAAGGUGGUCGAGGAGUUGGAACAGGAAGCCUGGGUUCAUGUCUAACUUAAGACCAUAAGGCAACAUUUAUUUGUUGUUUUGCCACAUAAUUUACAUCACAUAAUGAGAGUACCUGUUUUUCAUCUUUCAGAAAUAGAAUUUUGAACUGAAGCCACAAGUUUUCUGAAGUUUUUUGGUAAAUUAACAAGAAAAAAUGUUGGUUAUGUGAAAAAGAUUUGAGAUUGGGCUGAAGUUCUCCUUGCCCUUCAUGAAGAUUGACGCAGACUUUCAUGUAACAGGCAGAAAUAUAUUUAAACUGAAAUACAUACAUUAGGUAUUCUGCUGUCUAAUAAUCUUGCCUGUAGACAUACAUCUUUGGUUUAUAGUUCUGUAACUAUUUUAGAAACUGCCUUGAGACUGGGAUGAACUGCAUUAGCAUUUGAAACAAGAUUUGAGCUGAGCUCCUAUUUGAAAUGGAAAUAUGGACUCUACCAAAAUAAGGAUUGUUUACAUUCGCCGCCACUGUCUGACCUGCCUCUAACAAGGUGCCUGUUGUAUCUAUCACCUGUCAAUACUUUUCUCUGUCUCUCUUGUCUUUAUGCUCAAACUGUGUUCGCAGAAGCCACAAAGAAAAUCUGCCUUUGUGUGGAGCUUCAUUUAAACCACAGUUUAUUUAUUUCAUUCGCUGGAACAUUUCUGCAGUUAAUGAGGAUUGUUUACUACGUCAGUGACUCAGCAUUAUCUGCUCCCAGCUCCUCUCUCUGUGAUUAUGUGCAUGCUGAUGUCCACCACACUCUGUUUACCGCUCUCAUCUGAACUGAUCCAGUGCAUGGCCGAAAUUUAUCCCACCAAACUCCUGACGGUUUCUUUAUCAAAUUAAAAACCUUAUUGUAUUUGUUUGUAUUAAGUAACACGGACGCUCAUGAUUGGUCUGUUUUACCAUAAACCACGCUGUAUUAAAUAUCAGCUAAAGUGAAAUAUUUUUGUUUGAAUCCUAAGAAUCUAAACCAGACAAAGCUUAUGAGUGCAUGUGGCAGUACAGUAUUCGUUAAAUGAGAUUGGUCCGUUUCUCCGGGUAACCCCAGGUGUUGAUGAAAACUACACCCUUUGUUGACAAGGAAAACGGGUGUUCUCUUACUGACGCUGGCAGAAAAAACUGCAACGAGCGCUGCACAAGAAAGAAGAAAGAGGAUCUGUCUCUGAAAUAUUGAUGAGACUGUUGCCUUUUUUUUCUGCUGCAAGAACAGAAGCUAAUUCUUUUUUUAAAUCCACGAGGGAGACGUUGCUUGUAGUGUUUAUGCUCCUGUAUGCUUUUAAAAAAACUGUUGCUCCUCGUAAACACUGGAUUCAGAAGGGUGAAAUAAAUAUUGCCUUAUCAAAUCUACCACCCUGACUCCCCAAAGACUCUCAACGUUCAGCGAAAGAGAGCUGGCUUCUAGAGAAUCCGCCACUGGCUCAGUUUACAGUGACACGACACACUGGCUCCCUUUGUUUGAAAGAAGACGAUAUGAAUACCAGUCAACAGUCUUUUAACUGUACUGAAGACAGAAAUUGGACAGUGAAACAGUGUACUGGGAAAGUGUAAAAGGUAAAACCACUGUGAAAACUCCUGUCAUACACUGAAGGGUGUAAAAAUCAUAUUUAAAAAAAAGAUGAAACUUCAAAAAAAGCUCCUGUUUUUUUCUCUCUGUUGCUCCUGCUGAAAACUUUGAUCUGCAAUGUUGGGGGAAAAACUUUGUGGAAGACUCGAGGGCUUUCUCUCUUUUCUUUUUAGCAUAGUGCUGUAAUUUCAAAACUGUAGUGCCUGUUCAUCUGCAUAAGCAAAAAUAAAAGAUGUCAUCAGAAAA